GGCUUGUAAGCCUCUGGGAGUUGAAGUCCCUUCAGGGAGCGAAGUGGAGUAGAAGCAAGACUCAAUGAGAAGAAAUCGGAGGCACUGAUGAAAGAUUUCACCUUCAAAAUUUCUCUCGAUUGUACAAACACACCAAAUAAUAUGUCAACCGACAUUCUCCCAACAUCUCCUGAGUCAGAUUGUGUGAAAACAAAGCUGAACUUGAGUGAGAAUCUGGAGGAGCAUUUGAAGCCAAGUUUGGACAAGGGAGAAGCCCCUGAGCACUUGUCCAAGCGACAGAUGAAGAAACUAAUGAGGCAGAAACAGUGGGAAGACCAACGAGAACUCCGCAAGCAAAAACGGAAGGAAAAACGCCAGAGAAGAAAAUUAGAACGACAGUUGCACCUGGAGUCAAACUCAGAUGGCCAUGACAGGAAACGUUUUCGAAGUGAUGUUGUUCCCAGUCCACUCCGCCUUAUUGUUGACUGUAGUUUUGACAACUUAAUGGUCUCAAAGGAUAUUAAGAAGCUUCAUAAACAGAUUCAGAGAUGUUAUGCAGAAAACCGUCGCGCAUCACAUCCUGUGCAGUAUUAUUUGACCAGCCAUGGAGGUCAGCUGAAAAAGAUCAUGGAUGAAAAUGACAAAGGAUGGGUCAACUGGAAGGAUAUCCACAUCAAGCCAGAGCACUAUAGUGAACUUAUGAAGAAGGAGGACCUGGUGUAUCUUACCUCAGAUUCGCCUAAUAUACUGAAGGAGCUAGAUGAAUCCAAGGCCUAUGUGAUUGGAGGGCUGGUGGAUCACAAUCACCAUAAGACUCCUGCCUCAUGGGUUUACAGGGAGCAGAGAAGAGUUGGAAUUCAUAUCAUGUCUUUAUUGCAGGGUAUCACAUAUAAACAAGCAUCAGAGCAUGGAAUUCAUCACGCACAGCUCCCCUUGGGGGACUUUGUGAAAAUGAAUAGUCGAAAAGUAUUAGCCGUUAAUCAUGUUUUUGAGAUUGUAUUGGAGUACCUGGAGACGAGAGACUGGCAGGAAGCAUUUUUCAGCAUUCUUCCUCCGCGGAAAGGUGCUGUCCCUGCAAACAGAGUUUGCGAAAGCUCUUCACAGGCACAGAAAUCGUCUACAGCUAAGCAUGAGGAAGAGAGCAACUCGAGUGCAGAGGAAAGUACUGAAAACCCAGCGGACCCAGUGGCCCGGCAAGGAGAGGGGCGGGACGGAGCCAGCAGCACGUGACCCUCGGCGCCUCGUCAGCGGCUGCCUCCAGCCUCUCCCUUAGGAAAGGAGGAAGACUCCGAGGUGCCCUUACUUCUGGCAUUGCAAAGGAAAUCUGCUCGUUUUAUACCCUUUAUUUCGUUUCAACAAUUAUUGUUCUAAUUGGAAGGGCCCUUUGAAGACUAAAAGAUCACCGUUUUUUCAUUUAUCUUCAACAGUUUAGAAUAUGAGAGUUCCUGAGGAAUUACUACUUGAUUAAUUGAUCAUUAUGUAAUUGGAGCAUACAGGAACAGAUAGCACAUUGGGCCUUAGAGUAAGGAAGAUCUACCUCAGACACUGUGUGACCUUGGGCAAGUCACUUGAUCUCUGUCUGCCCUGGCCUCCUCAGCUGUAAAAUGGCUACAGGAAUGGCACCCACCUCUCUCACAGGGUUAUUGUGAGUAUCCAACAAUAAUAAAUUUGUAAACCUCAAAGUGUUAGGUAAAUAUUAGCUAUUUUUUAUGUUAUUGAUAUUCCUUCCGUCUUCCUGUUUGCCUUUAUGUCUAGACAUGCAUAUAAAUGUUCUGCUGUGGUCAGGAGCUGCUUGAACCAUCUUCCAUGGUGGCAGCAUAGUUUGUAAACACUCAGGAAAACUACCUGAAUCCUCUGCUUGGUGGAAUUUUUGAUCUAAGAUACCAUUUGAUUACUUUUUUUAAAAAAGAAAAGUAUAUUUUUAUGUUUGUUUUUCUCUCCAUCGAAUCUGAUAUAAUUGUUUUUCUCUCCCCCAAUUCCUCCCCCCCCUUCUCCAGAGGAAAAAAAUUGUCCCCAAAGUAUCUGUAAUUUCUAUUCUUUGGUUCCAUCCAGUCCCAGGCUUCUUCCAGCCCCUCUCUGUGGUACUGACUCAGCUUCUCAAGGCCUGUACUUUUUAUCUUUUUUAUUCUACUUUGUGAGUCUUCUGAAUAUAUUUAAAACCCUUCCCUUCCCUUUAUUUGGAUUUUUUCACUCUCCAGCUUAUCUUCUUUUCCUUAUACUAGGCCAUUCUUAAUAUCAUUUUUUGAAACCGUGGUUUGCCAUCCCCAGCUAAGAGGAAAGCUCAUGAGAUUCCUACUUUUCCCACCUCUAUAUCUGAAAAAUCUCGUUCUGUCUUCUUCCUCGCCUCUUCUUCUUUGAGGAUCAUUGUUAUUGUUAGUUUUGCUUUUUCAACCUCCAAUCCAGUAUGAGAACCCCCUACCCCAACCCUGCAUUUGACCUCAAGAGAAAUUGGGACUCUGAAGGGCCAUAAGGCUUUUCUUCUCCCUUCACUGUAUAAAAUAAUUACUUAUGCCUUUGCUCUUUUGAAGUCUAUCUUUUUUUUUUUUUUUAACUUAAAUUUCCUUUGCUGGGUUUACUUUUAAAAGGCCUUGAACAGCUUUGGUUUUCUCAAGAAGAAUGUUUGAAAGUUGUCCAUUUCUGAACACUCAGCUUUGUAAGAUAACUGAUUAUUGCGUAUAGGUCUUUUUCCUUUGGGUUCUGGGUGAUAUUUUUUAAUCCCUUUUCUUUAUUGUUGAUACAUCCUGGCAUAUUCAUCAUUGGAGUCCUUUAGUAUGGCCUAUAUUUCACUUUAUAGUUUUUUUUGUUUGUUUGUUUGUUUUUUACUUUGGAGUUCUGGUGAGCUUGGCAGUUACAAAUUCAAAGUGUGUUCUCACAAACAUAAACAUACACACAAUGAGUUUUUUUUCCCACUACCAAGUCAUGUUAAAAUAGCUCUAAUAAUUCUCUCUAAUGCUGCUAACUCUGCUUCUAACCUGUGAAUUCCCUGCAUAUACUUUGCACUUUGGUUCUAAUACUUCUAGGAAACUUUUAUCUACUUAAUCUUAAAGUAUAAUGGUCAGAUUUUUUUGUGUUGUUGUACUUUUGGGGGAAUGUAUCAAUUCUUAUAUUACCUCUUCUCAUCCUCUUUUUUAGUUCAGUUGUUUUUGACUAGUUCUUACAUAUUUUUCCAAUUUUUGACUUUCAUCCAGUAUAUUUUGUUGUAAUAAUAUUUUUGAGUUACAUUUCUUCCAUGCUGUUUUUCAGUGUCCACUACUUUGAUAAGGUUUCCUAGCUUUUUUUCCUAAGGUGCCAUACCUUCCACUUGCUCUCUCUUUUUUCAGAUCCUUUUAAAGAUUUUCUAAUUACUCCUAAAUGUCUUGCUGCCAUGCUGAAUUUUUUUUUUUGGAUUUCUCUUUUUUUUUUUCCUGGAGGAAGUAAUGGAGUAUCCUGAGUGGGCUUCCCUAAGCUCUUAGUACUUCUUAAUUGUGUUAGGAGUUUAUCUUUACUCAAUUUCCCAUCUCCUUGCUGCUUUUUCUUUUUUUGCUUCCUCCCAACCUUUGUGGAAACUUGAUUCCCAGAAUUCCCCCAUUUGACAUUAUGAAUGCAGCCUCUGUGAAGGGCCCUACUAGGAACUUUGGUGUAUGACUGAAGAUGCUCCAGUCUGACAAGAAGAAAGAGAAUCAGGGUUCAAAAUGCCAGUACUGGUUACUGAUAUAGCCUGUGUUAACCAUGAAAAUUUCCCAGUGACUGCCUACCUUAACUGCAACAAAUUCCAAA